GGGUUUAGCAGUCCAUACGGCUUCAUCUGGAUGCCACGGUCGCUAUGCCACGCAAAGCAGGGGUCACUAGUCCUUCCUCUGGACCUCUCCCAUACCUUUUCCUCUCAAAAACGGCCUUCUGGCUAAGUAGGAAGGGUCCGUCUGGGUGCAGAAAGAUGCUGUGUGAUCGAACAUCACAAUGUCGAGGGCACUGAGUAGAUGUCCUAUUCUUCUCAUGGCCCGGGGGAUAAUCGAACAGCACCAUCAAGCAUCCGUAGAACAUUCCUUUUUAACCUCGGUGUAUACAAUGUGCGCUGCCGUUCAGGGUUCUUUUUGUUGAACUUCUUGAAAAUUCAGCUCUGGCAUCUCAGAUCGUAACUUGCAAAGAUGUCGCUUAUCGGAAUCCGCCCAAGACGGUUUGCCGUUUUGAUAGAUUUUCCCAUGGGGGCCAUAGAGAAGGCCCAGGGAGGUUUGUCAUGUUGGAGAGGGAAUCUUGCCUUGGGGUCGAUUUAUCAUCACCCUCUACGUGGGCUAAAACAACUAACCCCUGCACCAAUGGACUUGACGGGCAAGGAGCGCCCCGCAUGCCGAAGCCGAAAAUGUGCCGGUAGCACGGGGCAGCAAGCCAUAUUGGGUAUAGUCGUCCAAGCCGCAAUGUACCUCGUAAGAGUCUCGGCCACGGGUCAGGUCACCCAAUAUUCGACCCGUAUAAACACACAGGACGAGAACCGCCUACGGGACCUCACUGGGAAGAGGACCGAGAACGCCAUGGAUGUUAGAUCAACUCACGGCCCGUCACCCAUUAUGGGAAUUGCUCCCAUCAUGAGGCGGCAGAGGUCGUGGUACAUGUCAGCUACCCUUCCAUUAUUAUCGUCUACCAUUACAAUGAUGAAGCACCGCUAG